CCUCCGAGCAGCGUCGCUCCUCCAAACCUCGUUACGCAGUGGCGACGUGAUUUUAAGUAUACGCCUGAUACUUAAUUACUUGCUUGGUUGGGGAAAAAAAACCAUCAAGUGCACCAGCAUCUCAGUGCGAAAAAUCGGCUCGAGUGAAAGUGCUGUUUUUUAUCGAUCGCGUGUGCCGAAGGAUCGGUAGAUCAUCGUGUCCUGUAUAUGCAUAUAUACUUGUUCGCAAAAAAGGAGCGGACAAACAUUUAUUGUUUUUUUGUUUUUGUGUACGCGUGCACGUAAACGAUCGCGGUGCGACGGAAAGGGGCCCGAAAUAGCAUACACGCGGUUGCUCCAUCGGUACCUAUUUGGUAUAUUAUAACAUAUACGAGCACGGCACCCAAAGUGAUCGGCAAUGCCGUACCAAACGAGCGCGACGAGGGAAUUGCGGAAGGGCCACUGCUGAAUCGGGGACACAAGUACCCCGUACUCGAGUGUAGUGCCCAUCAGGGACCGAUCGAGCUCCGAAAUCGAGGCUGGCUGAAAAAGAGUCCCCCGAAGCAUUGAUGUCGCUGAUGCAGCAGCGGGGCGAGUUAUAGGGACAGCAGGCGCCUCCAGAGUUCGUACAAGAUGCCUGCGAGGCAUCGCUUGCUCCUGGGAAUCUUGGCCCUCCUGGCUCUCGAGUGCGCCAACGCAAGAUGGGAGACCAUAAGGCUCGAAGGGGAGAAGAGCAAAAACGCGACGGUGAGUACGGGGGUGAAGGUGAGGCUGGUGUGCGAGAGCGAGGACCCGGAGGCUAACGUCACCUGGUACAAGAACGGCGAGCCCUUCGUCCCGCGUAAGUCCCGAGUGCGGGUCCUCCCGAGCCAGCGGGCCCUGCGCAUACGCAACGCCCUCCCGGAGGACGCGGCCACCUACGCCUGCGACGUUGGCAAAGCCCGGAGGAGGCAGCUCGACCUCGCCAUCGACGAUUCCGGGGACGAGCUCGGCAGGACCCUUGGCGCCCUCAGGCCCGACGACAACGAGCUCGAACUGAGCCUGCCCAGAGGUCGCUUGGAGGCCCGAGCCCUGCACCUGGAGAGCGCCGAGCCAAAGAUCCAGAGCCCAGCCGGGAACUCGAGCGAGGACGCGAACAAGCUCCCGCAGCCGCCUAGAUGGUUCAGGGAGGAGCCCCCGGCUUACGAGAUGAAGCCGGCUGGUACUUCGUUGAGGCUGAGGUGCCAGGUGACGGGCAACCCCCAGCCGAACAUCACCUGGUACAAGAACGGGGCCGAGCCGAGGCGCAGCUCCGGCACUGUGGAGAUGAAAAAGUACAAUCUCAAGCUCGAGGACGCCGUCAUGGAGGACAGCGGCAACUACACCUGCGUCCUCUGCAACCCCCUCGGUUGUAUCAGCCACAGCUUCAAGGUCGACGUAGUGGAAAGCGUGCAAGCGCCGCCGAUCUUAACCGAGGCGCCCAAGAAUAUGACCGUACUGGUUGGGAGUAACGUGAAUUUCACCUGCUCCUUUUUAUCAGACACGCAUAGGCACCUCGAGUGGUAUCACGGCUACCACGUUACUUUCGAUACGCUCAACAAGACAGAGGAUAGCUUAAAGGUUGAGGUCAAGACGGCCGGCGAAUUGAACCCGGAAGUCCUGGAGAUACACAACGUCACCGAGCGCGACGAGGGCUGGUACACGUGCAUAGUACAAAACACGCUCGGCGAGGCGUUCAGCAGCGCAUACCUCCAAGUCGUCGAGACCCUGGAAGAGCAAGGCGGACCGGUGAUGGCCCAUCCUCACUCCCUGCUCGUCGGCAGCGUGUACCCGCUGCUCCUGUUCCUCUUCUGCGCCGCGGGCUUCCUCCUGUUCGUCGGCGUCUACUACAAGACCAAGAACGAAAAGACAAAGAAGCUGAUAGCCCUCGAGGCGGCCAGGGCAGCCGUGAUCACCCAGUGGACGAAGAAGGUCAUCGUCGAGAAGCAAAACUUUGUCCAGAGCGUCCACCAGGAGUCGCUCCUCAUGCCCGUCGUCAAGAUUGAGAAGCAAAAGUCGACCUUUCCCGCGGACAACGGCUGCGUCACUGGCUCGGGCAGCAUAUCCGAGUACGAGCUGCCCCUGGACAGCGCCUGGGAACUGCCCCGGGAGCAGCUUCUCCUGGGCAGCACCCUCGGCGAGGGCGCCUUCGGCAAAGUCGUCAAAGCAACCACCAAGUCGGGCCGGCUCGGCGUCUCCACCAUCGUCGCCGUCAAGAUGCUCAAAGAGUGCCACACGGACGGCGAAAUGAUGGACCUCGUCUCGGAGAUGGAGAUGAUGAAGAUAAUCGGCAAACACGUCAACAUAAUCAACCUGUUGGGCGCGUGCACCCAGGGGGGUCCCCUCUACGUGGUGGUCGAGUACGCGCCGCACGGCAACUUGCGCAACUUUUUGCGCGAGCAUCGAGCCCCGACGGGCUACUGCGAGCACCACGAGCCCCUCAAGCUGCCGGGCAACCCCGAGACGGAGGAGGCGGAAGAAAAGAAGGUGCUCACCCAGAAGGACCUGGUCUCGUUCGCGUACCAGGUGGCCCGGGGCAUGGAGUACCUGUCGAGCCGGAGAUGCAUCCACCGGGAUCUCGCUGCCAGGAACGUCCUCGUGAGCGACGAAUACGUGCUCAAGAUUGCUGACUUUGGCCUCGCCCGGGACGUCCACAGCCACGACUACUACAGGAAGACGACGGACGGCAGGCUGCCGGUCAAGUGGAUGGCCCCCGAGGCCCUCUUCGAGCGCGUCUACUCGACGCAGUCGGACGUCUGGUCGUUUGGAAUACUUCUCUGGGAGAUCAUGACUCUUGGGGGAACCCCGUAUCCGUCUGUGCCGUCGGUCGAGAGGCUCUUCCAGCUCAUCAAGAACGGCUUCCGGAUGGAAAAGCCUCCGGGUUGCUCCAUUGAAAUAUACAUGCUGAUGAGAGCGUGCUGGUCAUAUUCGCCGGAAAAGAGACCAAUAUUCACCGAUUUGGUCAACGAGCUAGACAAGAUACUUACGAUAACUGCUAACGAGGAAUACUUGGAUCUGGGUCUUCCACAGCUGGACACCCCGCCGUCGAGUCAAGAAUCCAGUGACGCGGAGGACGACGACGUAGAACGUCAGUUUCCAUUUCUACAGAAUCUUCUGUAAUGUGAAAGUGAACGGGUGGAGUAAUUCAACUCGUACAAAACAAGUAUCUCCUGAGAUGUUGGUAUAGCUAUUCAAGUCACGGAUGAAACUAAAUACAUAUGUCAAUUGAGAAUGGAGAACCUUCGGCCCUACAAAUGUCACGUUAAGUGUGGUUUAUUCAAGUGUUUCACAGGACAAUGAACUUGAUUUUUUUUUUUUUCCUAUUUGACGUGAGUUUGUCACAAGAGGGUCGCGGGACAAAAAAUUGCUCGGAGAUUGCUGUUUUUAAUGCGGUGGAUACUAUCUACCGAUGGAAUCAAGUGAGCGAGUAGAAUCAGAGAUACGUUUUGCAAAAGCUGUAAUAUAGUAAGAAUUAGUCAUGACACGCAUUAUCAAUCAUACUGCAGCGACUAGUUGUAAGUAUAGGUUUACCUUAUUUGAGUAUUUAAGUGCCUAGUAUAAUUGAGCAUUUCGAUGACGGAAUGUAAGCAAGUAUUCUGUAAUUAAGACUAAAAGUAUAUAAGUUAAAAGGUAUCACAGGAAAUUUGUAAAAUUUUUUAUAUCCUUGUAAUUUAAUGUGCUGUUUGAGAAAGUCCCGUGUGAAUCGAUCGAUGGAAAAUAAAUAAUAAUUAUUUCAAUUGCCAUCAUUAUUUAUUUUUAAUUAAGAAAAUGGAAACAUCACAUUUUAACCAAAUAACAAUUGAGCCCUACAUAUUAAUUAUAUUGUAAGUAAAUUGGUUUUGUCUUUCAAUGUAUAGAAAUGUAAGCGUCGAUGGUAAUCGUGUUUUUAACUAGUCAAUUAAAAAAAUAACUAAUAAUGAAAAUGUACAUAACUAAAGUUUCCUACAAAUUUUACAGAUCGACAUGAAGCUUUAAUUUUUUUUUUUUUUUUUUUUUUU